AUGCAUGCCGGGUUCGAUGGUACAACAGCACCGUCAAUGGUGAGUAUAGUACCAACGAAUGUCGCUGUUUCGCAACGUGAAAAAAGACGAUUUUACGUGAAAAAGUCGAUAAUUGGAAUGCAAGAAUUUCGCGAUUGGGAAGAAAAACUGGGCGAUUAUUGGUAUCGCCAUCAUCACAAAGUGAAUAACAUCGUGUAUUAUCACUGCAAAUAUGAACCUUGUUAUGCGUCGAUGAAAGCCAAAGUAAUGCUCGACUGUGUACAGUUAUAUGUUACCGAAGAAGGACAUUCGCAUCCCGCUCCUGCUGAUAUGAUGGCACCACCAUCGAAACAUGUAAUGGAUCCUCUGACACGGCAAACUGUAUCGGUUCAGAAACGAAAACAUAUGGAUGAGCAGUAUUAUACUGGAUUUUCAGCAGCGCCAUAUCCUCAACAAUUUUUAAACGAUAUACUUCGUAUGCAAGGCGAUUUCAAUGGUGUCCAUGAUGCUAGUGCAGCUGCUUGUUAUAGCAAUCCUCAUCUGGCAUUUCAGAAUGGCGAAGCAUCAAAAGAAGGCAUCGAAAUAAAAAUGGAGAAUCAGGGUGCUACAACAUCGGAUAUGCGUAUGGAAGUGAUUUCGGCAGUCGCAGAAGUGGCCAAAUAUGCUCAGAAUAGGACAGCACAAAUGGAAAAUAAUUCACAGAAAGGUGCUGAUGGAACUGGUACCGUGCAGCAAGUAUCGAAACCAAUUUCUGCUCAUUCAACAACCUCACCGAUUAGCUCACCUGAAGUACAUCCUUCUGGUAAUUCCAACCAAGUGCAGCAACGAAAUAGUUUCUCAGAUGAAAGUGACAGCGAUGAUGAUGAAUCAUCGGAUACGGAAAGUGAUGAUGCAAAAUGUUCUUCUUCCCAUGCUGGACAAAAAUGUGGUGGUGGAGAUGUUGAGACUGACAACGAUUUGUUUGCAAUAUUAAAGAAAAAAAUUGAAAGACAAGUGCCACGAAAACGUCUACGUUACCUGCGACGUAUAAGACGACAACUAAGUUAUUUUUUACAAAUGCAUGAAGUGAAAGAAAUGUCGUCACGAUUACCACCAGCAACAAAAUACGAAGAUAUCUUUGGGAAACAUCAACAACAGCAGCAACAGCCACAUCAACACCAACAACAGCAACAACAAUCACAGCAGUGA